AUGGUGGGCUCAAUAGGCACACACGCCGGUUGUUUUCACUGCGAUGAGGUUUUCGCCGUUUUCUUGUUGAAGCAGUUGCCACAAUUCAAAGAUUACAGCAUUGUCAGAUCACGGGAUCCAGAUGUACUGGAAGCAUGUGAUGUUGUGGUUGAUGUUGGUGGAGUCUAUGACCCUGAUCGCCUUCGAUUUGACCACCAUCAAAAAGGGUUUGACUUAAAUUGGAGCAAAUUCUUCGAUACGAAGUUGUGGACAGUCAAAUUUAGUAGUGCGGGUUUGGUGUACGCUACUUUUGGGAAGGAUGUGCUCUCCAUGCUCACAGGGUGGGAUGUGGGGAGCGAUAAACUUCAGAGGCUGUUCACGAAGGUGUAUGAGUCUUUUAUCAUGGAGAUUGAUGGCACGGACAAUGGAGUCCCACAAUCAACCCACAAACUGAAAUAUAAUAUCCGAACAGGUAUCUGUUUACGUGUUAGCCGUCUCAAUCCCUGGUGGAACGAAGACUGCAAAGAUACGACGCCUGCCUUCCUAGAGGCCGUUGACUUCGUUGGCCGAGAGUUUGUCGAAACCGUCAAGUAUCUUGCUAAUUGUUGGUGGCCAGCGCGAGAGUUUGUCGCCCGAGCGAUGGCUAAACGUGAGCUGAUUGACGAUUCGAUGGCCAUCAUCGUGCUAGAACAAUCCUGUCCAUGGAAAUGCCAUCUGUUCGAUUUGGAGCGAGAGGAGCGUGCUGAAAGCGUCCUGUAUCCUCAGCCACUAAGACUCCUUACUGAAAGGCCGGAGCCGAAGUUUCCACCCAAAGUUUUAUUUGUCGUGCACCCUUGUGACGACGGGACUUGGAUUGUCCAGGCGGUUCCCGGAGACAAUUUCGAAAACAGAUUGCCUCUACCGGACUCCUGGCGUGCCUUACAAGACUCUGAACUCUCCAGAGUGGCCGGGAUCCCAGGAUGCAUUUUUGUACACGGUACUGGUCAUUUAGGAAUGAAUAAAACCCGUGAGGGCGCAAUCGAAAUGGCCCGGUCGGUGGUACGUGAAUUCAAAGCGAAGGAAUUGGCACUGUCGAAUACACCACUCCCUCCGCCUACAUUCAAACGUGGUCGUGGAGCGAAGACUGCCGUUCGGGGUAGCCGGUUCCGUUAACUUUCAUUCCCUUCCUGUAAACCACCCCCCAGCUCCAAGUGCAUUCCCAUCCGAGCGCUGUGACCAUCUUCUGUUUUUUGCCGGAGUCUUGAUAUUUCCCUUUAAGUUGUUUGCUACCCUGAGAUAGUUAUGGUACGUUUUUCCCUCUUUCUGAAUAUUUUACGUUUGUUUUCGACCACUAAUUUUUCACAGCUAUCUCUUGAUGUAUAGAGAACGAGGGAAAUAGAGGAAAAACCACUAUUAUAAUUCCCGGUCUAAACAUCAAACUUCGCCUUCAUCUCAGAGUCAGAUUGUCAUUGAUUUUGAUGCAACCUUUGUUUAGUACAACCAUCCUCCGUUCCGGCCUCUUCAUUCCAGAUGGUUGGAAAUGUACGCGCCUGUGCAUGUGUGGGUCCACAUCAAGCAACCUUUUUUCUACGCAACCUCUCUUACAGUUCACCCCUAUUACGCGUACACUCUUCUCUGUCCGUUAUUUUUGAAACUGACUCAUUAUAAUUUUCCAGCCGUU